AUGGAAAGUACAUUAACGCGAACAAAGAGCGCUAAACGAGCGCGAGAGCAACAUCGGUAGACGGAGUUGUUGGUAGCGUCCAUUCAGGGUAAUGUUGUUUUUAAAUUGACAUCGAAAGAAACGGAAAGAGCUGGUUGAAUUCGGCUGAAGAGUAACAAGGACAGCAGCAGACCCAUAAACAUUUAAUUUGCUUUUCCCCCAUCUACAGUCGUGCAAUUUAAUGGUAGAAACGUGUGUACAUAGACAGGGUGUUAAGCGGCUUAACUCACACUGAAAGAAAAACAAAACCUCAACGAGACGGAACGGUGACAGCGAAAAGCUUUCGAAUUGAGCCGUAAGCCACGCCUACUGUUUGUUGUGUACUCUAACCAAUACCAAAGCAGGAAGCUGAUGCGCCAAGUUGUGCAGUUGUUUUGGCGAAUGGGGGUUGGAACACAUGCAAUACAAAACUAAAGCUCGUUCAACCAAGAGUGUAUUGGUGCCAUAACCCAUGUUAGCUCAUUCAUAGCGGAGUGUGCGGAUAGGUUGUGGAAAGUCACCCUACCAGUUUUCAUUCCGUGUUCAGCGUUCGUUGAGCAAAGUUCCCGUGUGCGUUGCUCGUUGCUUGAUCUUGACUUCAGGUCCCUUCACCGUUGUUUCUCGCGCCACCUCCGCCGUCGCUUCCGUGUAUCGUGUAAAGUUCUGCGCCGUCGUCGGAUAUCCAGCCAUUUGAAGAAAGUGUGCUUUCGAACAGCAGUGCAACAAUAACAACAACAAUAAAAUAUCGUACACGCUAAUUGGUGUGGCCCGGUGAUUGAUGAUCACGCAAACGUGUUGUUUAGUGAAGAUAUAUAGUUAUAGUGAGUUAGCAUUUCGGUGCGUUUUUGACUAACUCAAGUGAAGAGAUUUGGAACGAGUUAAUCAGAUUGUGAAGUGUUUGAAAAGUUUUGCUAGAAGCUCUGGGUUCUACGCGGUACUCAGCGCUAGAAACGCAAGAAGAGAAUUUUAUGUGAUUUUCGGUGCAAAUAAAAGUAACAAAAUUUCGACCUACAAAAUGCCGACGCUUCAACCGCGGAUAGGAUUUAGUAUUGACUCUAUAGUAGGGAAUAGUACUCCCAAGUCGCCGCCUCAUGCGAUUACGAAGGUGAACAACUCGCAGCGAUCGCCAAGUCCACCGCAGUCCUACUCGGUUCGGUUGAAUCGGUUGCAGAGUCUUUCGCCGCCGCACAACUAUAGCAUCACUCGGCUUCCGGAAUCACCGCAAAGCAUACCGGAGACACAAACUCGCCUGGAACCUCAUCCCACUACCAGUCCUGCUCUACAGGCUCGCCUGACUCCCGAUGAUCAUCCUUCUGCGAAGCGACCCCGAAGCCCAUCGCCACCGUCUUCUCCAUCCGGACCUAUGCCUCCACUAGGAGCUCCUGGACCGAUAGUUGUACCUGGACUACCGGCUGGACUGAUACGACCCUUCCCCGUGAGUCCUCCGCAGCAGCAACCUCCUCAGAAUCCGGACAUCAAGACCCUGCCACCCUUCAUGCACACUCCGGAGAUGAUGCAGGCUGCGCACAAUCAGCACUUCCUCGCCGCCCAGUUCCAAGCAGCCGCCCUAGCACAUGCUCAAGCUGGUCAACCUUUCCCUCCACAUCCGGCUGCCGCUCACCUGCACAACCCAAAUCUUCCACCUCGAGAUAGCUACCCGCUGUACCCGUGGCUACUCAGUCGGCAUGGCCGUGGCGUCUUUCCCAUCGGAUUCCCUGGCAACUACCUCAUCCCGUUCCGCAAAUCGAAACGCGUCCGGACGGCCUUCUCGCCCUCGCAGCUGCUCAAACUGGAACACGCCUUCGAGAGCAACCACUACGUGGUCGGAGCCGAGCGCAAACAGCUGGCCCAGAAUCUGAACCUCUCGGAAACGCAGGUCAAAGUCUGGUUCCAGAAUAGGCGCACCAAGCACAAGCGCAUGCAACAGGAGGAGGGCAAGUCGGGCGAAUCCAGCGAUCAGAACCGUUCGACCUCGAGUCCGGCUUCGGGCGGAAGCUGCCCGGAAGACGACGAGGACGAGUUCAUCGAUAUGGACGACUGCCCGAGCGACGAGGAGAACAUGCACCACAAUGGGUGAGGGAGCAACAAGACGCUGCUGUCUUCCUAUGCCCCGAAUUGGUCAACGUCCAACGUAGCAAGCUGUGCCAAAUAGACUAAACCCCAACCGGGCGAUUCUCAGACGACUGCGACUUCUCGAUAGAGUCUACUGGAUCGGAGGCAGAAAUCACGCAGCCGCGGAGAAUCAUGAUUGAUGAGUAAAGUGCGUGUCCCCCCAUGUAGAUUGCUGACGCCGCUGUUGUUGAUCUGUAAAUCGUUCAAUUAAGCGAGUUACUCGGCUGUGCUGCACCAGAGUGAAGGAGCGAAGAAGAAAGCGAAUAGCAUUUGGUUCGAGAAAGGGAACCCGUUCCAGGAGCUGCAAUUUGUACCAGUGAUUGUCUUCUUUAGCUAUAUGUAGGCAUUUUUGUUUAACCCUGUUUCAAUUCAAGUAGGAAUGCAAGAAAGAGAUUUUAUUUUAUCAUUGUGAGCGAACCGCUCGGUUUGCAGUUCCCGAGCGGUUAUGACAUGUGCGAAUGAAAGAGAUGGAUAGCGAGACAGGCAUUAACCGUAAUGAGUGUAACGCAAGUGAGCGAUAGAAAAUCUGUAUUAAAUGUGUAUAUAAUGAGUACUUAAUAGCUAUAUAAUAACAGGAGGCUUAAAUUUACUGUAAUUUAAUUUUUAUUCUGCUCAUUUUGUACAACGAUCGGGAUCGCGGUCUGUUCCGCAAACCACCCAGAACACUUCCACAACGACAUAGGUACGUCUGAAAAAAAACCUGAGAUGCAGUCUUGUUUUAAUUUAUGUAAACGUCACCGAACGGAUAGAGACUCGCUGAAUGCAUUCUGGAUGCUGUUAAUCGGCUACGCGGAAAAUGUGUUGAUGUAGAUUUAAGUUGAUCGUAUCGUGUAAGUGGCGCGCGCUGUAAUGACUGUGUAAAUGGUCCAUGGAAGUGAACAUCGUUUGUAAAGCAAUUACGUCUACCUUCUACUGUCUACUUGUAGAGUUCUCAUUGAAGAAAGAAUAGUGACAUUAAAAUAAACACAGUAUUCCACAAUGAAUGUGAGCUUUUUGAUAUA